CGUGUCCACAUCACCAAGGCCACGCUUGACCAGCUCCACGGCCAGUACGAGGUGGAGCCAGGCAAUGGAGGGGACCGAGACGCCUACAUACGGCAGCUCGGCAUGGAGACGUUCUUCAUUAAAACUAAACAUCCCCGGAAGGUAAGACAGCUUGACUCUAUUUAG